GUAUUGCAGGUGGCCGUCAGCGUGACCGCCUGGCUGACGGUGUCCGUGGCCGUGGAUCGAUACAUCUCCGUCUGCUACCCGUCCAAAUCGAAAACGCUCUGCACGAUACCGAAGGCGAGGACGGUGGUGACUUCCGUGUUCGUCAUCAUGACCCUGCUGUCCAUACCGUCGGUGUUCCGAUACCGCCUGGAGACGAUCGUCGACGUCAAGAACAAUAAAACCUGCAUGGAGGUGGUCGUCACCGAGCUCGGCCGGAACCAGCAUUUCAUGAUCCCGUACACCUGGGUCCAGAACCUGCUGCGCGGCAUCAUCCCGGUGUUCAUUCUGAUCUUCAUCAACGCCAAGAUCAUCAACGUCCUGCGGCGGGAGAGGGUCAAGGGCAAGAAGCUCAGCUCCCGGAACCGGAUCACGCUGAUGCUCAUCGCGAUGGUCCUCAUAUUCAUCUUGUGCCUGACCCCGGAUGCCAUCAUGUCCACGUUUUUCGGCAAGGGGUACGUGGAGGAGGACUACAUGUUCAAAGGGAUCCGUGAGAUCACCGACAGCCUGGUGACCCUGAACUCGGCGGUGAACUUCAUCCUCUACUGCUCGCUCAGCGCCAUCUUCAGGAACACGUUCAUGCGGGUGUUCUUCGGGCGGCGCUACGUGAAGAUGAGGGGCGGCUCGUGCCGGCAGAUCAGCCGCGACGGCACGACGAGCAUCAAGACCAAGAGCGUCCGCUGCUCGACGCGGCAGAACAGAAACGGCUCGGACAAGCGCGACCGCCGGAAGUCGAGCUGCCGGGAGCUGGACGUCGAAGCUGGGGGCGGGGCGGAUGAGGAGCAUUCGCCCAGGGUCAAGGUCUCGUCGAACGGAUUCAGCAAAGCCAAAAAGACGACGACGUGGGCCAACAACAAGAACGAUCGGAGUUUUGUCGAAAGCGCGGACGAAAAGGAGAAGAAAAUAAACGAGAUGAGAUUGACGUCCGGUGUUUACAUGGGCCCCAUGACGGGGGAUGUUGGGCCGACGUCAGGGGUCCAUACAGGGCCGACGUCUCUAGAUCCGAGAAUGAGUUCAGGUGUAUAUAUGGGGCCCACCGGGCCCGAGCCCGUUAAAAUAGCUGCCGCCAAAGAACAUGAUAAAACACUGAUUCCCGGUGACCAAAAUGGGCCUAAUUUAACGGAGCGGAAAAUGGAUUCUGGUGUGUACAUGGGUCCUACGCUGGAGGACGUACGCCUUUCAUCUGGUGUUUAUAUGGGGCCUAUAGAAACUCAACCGAUCCCGUCUAGAGCGUCCCACAGACUCUCUGAGAAAAGUGUCAAAGCGCAGUCUCUUAACAGCGACUCAAAGGUGAUAUACUGCGGUCAAAAUAACGAGGACUCUGAAAGCGUUCAACUCUAGCACUAUACUUUGGAGAAGAAGGAAAAAAAGACAACUUCAAAGCUGUUUUGGUAAAAUUCACUUGAUUAAAAUAUGUCCAAAGCUUUAAAAUUCAUGCAUUAAAAUCCCA